GAGGAGCCGGUACACCUGUGCAAGACUGAAGGGGAGGAGCCGGUACACCUGUGCAAGACUGAAGGGGAGGAGCCGGUACACCUGUGCAAGACUGAAGGGGAGGAGCCGGUACACCUGUGCAAGACUGAAGGGGAGGAGUCUCGGUACACCUGUGCAAGACUGAAGGGGAGGAGGAGUCGGUACACCUGUGCAAGACUGAAGGGGAGGAGCCGGUACACCUGUGCAAGACUGAAGGGGAGGAGCCGGUACACCUGUGCAAGACUGAAGGGGAGGAGCCGGUACACCUGUGCAAGACUGAAGGGGAGGAGUCGGUACACCUGUGCAAGACUGAAGGGGAGGAGCCAGUACACCUGUGCAAUACUGGAUUGUAAUAAGGAGAGGAAGGCGGGUGUACUCUGCAAGACAGAAGGGGAGGAGCCGGUACACCUGUGCAAGAAGGAA